AAGAACACUACUAUCGAGUGAUAUAUAUAUAUAUAUCACUAUCACUCACAGGUACCUUUUACUCGUGUCUAGGGCUGAUAGAUCAAAGCGGAGCUUUAGGGCUUUGUACUGGAGCUGGGAGGAAUGCAGGUGGGAGAGGGCGCCCCAAGGCGCACAGGCGGCGGUGGGAGUCGCAGGAGAGUGGUGGUGAGCGACGACGACGAUGGCGAGGGCGAAUGCGUGAGUGGCAAGAGGAGUCGCAGGGCUGUCAUUGAUCCGGGGGACGAGGACGAUGAGGAGGAGAGCGUGGCAUUGAGGCCUAGAGCUGACGAUGGCUUGGCGAUCGGCUUGGAGGAGGACGAUGCGUCCAUCCGGCAUCUGCAGGGAAGGCCCCAGGAUGUGAUCAAGCACACGCUGGGGAAAUGCGAGAGGAUCACUGCCAAGCUCCGGAGUGCGCUAACCGAGGCCGCGAAGCUCGUCUCUCAUGCCGAGGUACAAGCAGCGUGCCAGAUGGCUGGCUCCAACAAGGAUCAAAUGCUCUGCCCUUACCAAGUUGUGGGGGUUAACUUCCUUCUUUUGCUCUAUCGCAAGCGUCUAGGCGGAGCGAUCCUUGCCGACGAGAUGGGCCUAGGAAAGACUGUGCAGGCAAUUGCGUUUCUGGCGCUUAUAAAGCACCUGGAUGGCGACGCUGGUCCGCAUCUCAUCGUCACUCCCGCUUCGGUCCUAGAGAACUGGCAGCGGGAGCUCGAAAAGUGGUGCCCUGCCUUCACUGUCAUUCCAUUCCAUGGUAACGAGCGCAGUGCCUUCAAAGACGAGCUCCUGUCUGCGGCGAGGUCCGACAAGCCACCCCCGUUUCACGUGUUCUUGACCGGCUAUUCUCUCUUCGAGCGAAAGAGUGCAGCGUCCAAGGAUGAUCGCAGCAUGCUGAGGAAGUGGAAGUGGAGCUGUAUUGUCAUGGACGAAGCGCAUCUUCUCAAAGAUCGCACGAGCUACAGGAACAGGAACCUCAAGUCGCUAGCCCGGCGGGCUUGCCACCGCUUGAUGAUAACCGGGACCCCUUUGCAAAACGACCUCCAGGAGCUCUGGUCAUUACUAGAAUUCACAAUGCCGGCCAUCUUCACAAACUGUGAGUUCGAUGCGAUCCUGGACAACAGAAAUGGGAGAAGGGUGUUGACUGCAGAUAACAUCGACCUUAUCAAGCAGAUCCAGGCCAUACUUUCCCCAUUUGUUUUACGUCGUGUGAAGGCCGCCGUGAUGGAUCAGCUGACACCAAAACUUCAAAAGGUGGAAUCUGUUGACAUGGUGGAAAGCCAAGAUGUUGCAUACAGGGAAGCGUUGGUGGAGUAUCGACAGUCUUUUACGUCCUCGUGUCCCCAACGGCAGGUUUCGAGCAUCUUCACGCAGCUUCGAAAGCUGGCGAACCACCCGCUGCUCGUCCGACGAAUCUACACGAAUAAUGACGUGGAAAAGCUGGCCAAGAGGUGCUUUCAGCAUGGCAUUUUUGGCAGUGAGUGUACACUGGAGCGCAUCGUCGAGGAGCUCAGUAGUUACAAUGACUAUACGUUGCACAAGCUCUGCUGUACGCAUGGGAUGUUGGCGAGCCACUCCAAAUUGCGUGACAAAGAUGCCCUCGAAUCUGCAAAAUGCCAGCUCCUGGUGAAGCUUCUCCCUCACUUGCAGAGCGCAGGUCACCGGCCUUUGAUAUUCAGCCAGUGGACAGGAAUGCUGGAUAUCCUCGAGUGGGUGCUCCAGGUUAUGAAUCUCAGCUACAGGCGUCUGGACGGGAGCACUCAAGUUUGUGAGCGACAGAGCCUGGUGGACGAUUUCAACAAGGAGCUCGACAUAUUUGCGUUCCUGCUCUCUACUCGAGCUGGUGGCCAGGGUCUCAAUCUCACGGGCGCGGAUACUGUCAUCAUCCACGACGUGGAUUUCAACCCGCAGAUGGACCGCCAAGCCGAGGACCGAUGCCACCGAAUUGGUCAGUCCAAGUCCGUGACAGUCUACAGGCUGGUGACCAAGUCGACGGUUGAUGAGAACAUAUAUGGGAUUGCGCAGCGGAAGCUCGUCUUGGAUGCUGUUCUCGAGGGCGAUGUGUCGUCGUCGUCGCCGUCCGCUGAUGAAGACGAGAGAACAAUGGGACAGAUACUAUCGAUGAUAUUGAGUUGAUCGCUUCUUAAAAUGUGUAUAGACCUCGGAGGAUUAUUUGGAGGAAAACAAAUGUGGUGCUGGCUUUGAGCCCUAAACCAGGCACUACAUUGUAAAAUUUUUAAUGAAAAUUAAAAAAGAUAAAAACAAACUU